UGAGUCAGCGCAUCUCCACAGAGUGGGAGUGAUCCUGACUCCACCCUGCCAGCCUUCCAGCCCUCCAGCCCUACACCGCUCCACGGCUCCAGGAAGAGCGUCGGUCCAGGCCUGAAGAGCCCCGGAACGAGCCCCGCAGCCCCGCAGCCCGACUCCCCGCCUCGCCCGGAGCCGCAACAGUUGGAGCGCCUUCAUAUCCGGGCCCGCGGCCGCCGAGCGGCCGCCUCUAACUCGGUGUCAUGUCCCACUCCAAUUACCCUCCGGGGUAUGAAGACGCCCACGCCCCCAUGUACGCCCCCCAGGGUGGGGGCUACCCACCCCAGGGUGGGGGCUACCCUCCACCCCCCGCGUACGGCUUCCCCUCCUACGGCGGUCCUCAGCCGGGCCACCCCUCCGCCCCCUACCCCGCCGGUCCCAACGCCCCCCAGUACCAGGGCGGGUACCCCCCCGGCCCCGGGCCCUACCCCGGACAGCCCCGCGGGGCCGCCGGCCCCCCAGGAGCAGGCUACCCCAGCCCACCCCCCAUGCCUCCGGUGAUGCCCCCCACCAUGCCAGCAGACAUCUUCAUCGAUCACGACGGCGAUGACUUUGCUGCAGGCGGCAGUGAAUGGGACAGCCUGAAAAUCCGGCACGCCUUCAUCAGGAAGGUGUACAUGAUCCUGGCGUCCCAGCUGGCCCUGACCACCGCCAUCGUGUCUGUCUUCAUCUUCGUAGAGCCAGUCCGGUACUUUGUCCAGAGGAACCAGGCCGUCUACUGGGCGUCAUAUGCUGUGUACCUGAUCACCCACCUGGUGCUGGUGUGCUGCACGGGCCCCCGGAGGAAGUUUCCGUGGAACAUCAUUCUGCUGUUCAUCUUCACUCUGGCCUUUUCCUACAUGACUGGAUCCAUCUCCAGUUUCUACGACACCAAGGCGGUGUUCCUGGCUCUGGUGAUCACGGCCGUCGUGUGCAUCGUGGUGACCGUCUUCUGCUUCCAGACCAAGGUGGACCUGACCAAGUGCCAGGGCCUGUUCUGCAUCCUGGGCAUCGUGGUGUUUGUGACGGGCAUCAUCACGGCCAUCGUGCUGUCCUUCAAAUACGUUCUGUGGCUGCACAUGCUCUACGCCGCCAUCGGAGCCGUCGUCUUCACACUGUUCCUGGCGUAUCACACCCAGCUGCUGAUCGGGAACAGAAAGCACUCCAUCAGCCCGGAGGAGUACGUGUUCGCAGCGCUCUCCAUCUACCUCGACAUCGUCCAGAUCUUCCUCUUCCUGCUGCAGAUCAUCGGCCGCUCGUCCAAGUGACACGACCAAGCCUUUCCUCUCCUCCUUUUU